AUGGCCGACGAGAAGGAAAGAAGCUCGGGCGAGAUCCCACGACCCGAGCCCAAGGGCCCCAUCCUACCGACCACCAAUAGUGAUGCCGAGAAGUCGCAACCCCCGAAGUCCCCAGUCCAUCCGGCUUUCUACGUGAUAACAUGGAUCAGUCUCUCGUCCUCGGUCAUUCUGUUCAACAAGUGGAUUUUGGACACGCUCGACUUCCGCUACCCCGUCAUUCUGACCACCUACCACUUGACCUUUGCGACCGUUGCCACGCAAUUGAUGGCCCGCUACACCACUCUUCUCGAUGGCCGCAAAUCUGUCAAGAUGACUGGCCGUGUCUAUCUGCGUGCCAUUGUUCCUAUCGGGCUCUUCUUCAGCUUGAGUCUGAUCUGCGGAAACUUGACCUACCUCUACCUCAGUGUCGCCUUCAUUCAGAUGAUCAAGGCCACCACCCCAGUUGCCGUACUCCUGUCGAGUUGGGCUAUGGGUCUCGCGCCUCCCAACAUGAGACAACUGCUGAACGUCUCGGCUAUCGUCGUGGGUGUUGUUGUCGCCUCGUUCGGUGAAAUCAAGUUCGUCUGGAUCGGAUUCCUCUACCAACUCGGCGGUCUUCUUUUUGAAGCUAUCCGUCUAAACCUGGUUCAGGCACUUCUCAGCUCUGCCGAAUACAAGAUGGACCCCUUGGUAUCCCUCUACUAUUUCGCCCCUAUCUGCGCCGCCAUGAACGGUGCUGUUGCCCUGAUUUGGGAAGUUCCCAAGGUCUCCAUGGGUGAAGUCUACAACGUCGGACUAUUCACCUUCUUCCUCAACGGAAUGUGCGCUUUCCUGCUCAACGUCUCAGUUGUUUUCUUGAUCGGCAAGACUUCCGCUGUCAUCAUGACCCUCUGCGGUGUUCUCAAGGAUGUCCUGCUGGUCCUCGCGUCCAUGGCUAUUUGGGGCACUCCCAUUUCCGGCCUUCAAGCCUUUGGCUACACCAUUGCCCUGGGUGGCAUGAUCUAUUACAAGCUUGGACUCGAGUCCAUCAAGACAUACGCUGGCGAAGUUGGAAGGCACUGGGCUGAGUUCGGCGCUACGCGCCCCGCCCUCCGCAAGGUCGUUGUCAUCGGUGCGGUGCUUCUCUUCAUCUUCGUCCUAUUCAGCGGGCUGGCUCCAACAUAUGCCCCUGAAUAUAACCCGUCUCAAUACCUUGCUGGCGCGGCUGAGAAAGUUGGCGUAUCCUCAUAA